CGCCAUGAGCACACGCGCCCCCAGCCCCAGCAGCACAGCGCUGACAGAGGCAGGGAGGAGGACCGCGCAUGGGCAGUGGUGCCGGGUGCAGGCAGAGAGGCAGAGGCUAAGGAGUUUGCUGAGGAGGAGGAGGAGGAGGAGGAGGAGGAGGAGGAGGAGGAGGAGGAGGAGGAGGAGGAGGAGGAGGAGGAGGAGGAGGAGGAGGAGGAGGAGGAGGAGGAGGAGGAUGCAGAAAUGGUGCUGGAGGUCGGGUUGCAGGGAGGAAUGAUGGAGGUCGCUGUGGCAGGUGCAGCAG